AUGCAAGAAAAUCCUAAGGCCUUUUGGUCCUAUAUUAAGAGAUUACGACAAGACAACCCGGGCGUUGAAGAUUUUAAAAUGGAUAAUGAACUCAUUAGCGAUGCCGGUUUAAAGUCUGAGGUACUUAGUAAACAAUUUGCUAGUGUUUUCACGACAGAAAAUGUCGAGAAUAUACCAACUCCAGGAAGUAACUUCACGCCUGCCAUUGGUAAUAUUGUGAUCACGGUGAAAGGAGUCGAGAAACAACUAGCAUCCUUAGAUGCAAAAAAAGCAAGUGGACCGGAUGGAAUUCCACCAUGGUUUCUAAAAGAAAAUGCAAGUCAAAUAGCACCGAUUCUGACAGAUAUCUACCAGGAAUCAGUUAGUAGCGGUAGCUUACCUGGCAAAUGGAAAGAAGCCAAUGUAUGUGCGGUAUUUAAAAAAGGGAAAAAGUGUGACCCGGGAAACUAUCGGCCGAUAUCUUUAACCUGCAUCGCUAGUAAGGUUUUAGAACACAUUGUGCAUAGCCACUUAAUGAAGCAUCUCGAAAGGCAUAGCAUUCUCAUUGAUAAUCAGCACGGCUUCCGGGCUAAACGAUCCACAGAAACUCAACUGAUAUGCACUACUCAUGAUAUUACUAAUGCUAUUCAACAAAACAAACAAGUAAAUUUGGCUAUUUUAGACUUCUCAAAAGCUUUUGAUAAAGUCCCUCAUCAGAGAUUAUUGACGAAGUUGGAGUACUAUGGGAUCCGGGGUCCACUCCAAGAAUGGUUUAAGUCGUUUCUUAUAGAUCGAAGUCAAGUUGUGGUAUGUGAUGGCGCGACAUCAACUCCUAUUACAGUUACUUCUGGCGUACCGCAGGGCACAGUUCUUGGUCCUGUUUUGUUUCUACUGUAUAUAAACGACUUGGCUGAAGAAUUGAAAUCUACUGUAAGACUGUUUGCCGAUGAUGCCCUGCUGUACUGUUUUAUUGAAAGUGAUGUAGAUGCAGAUUCUCUCCAGGCUGAUUUGUGUAAAUUAGAGGAGUGGCAAGACCGCUGGCAAAUGGAGUUUAAUUCGACCAAGUGUAAAGUGAUGUGCAUUACAACUAAAAAGAAUAUCAUAAAGAAACAGUAUAUGUUCUGUGGCCAAAUACUGGAAGAAGUCGAAAACCAUCCAUAUCUCGGGGUGAUGUUUGAUAAUAAAAUGAAAUGGUCAUCUCAUAUAUCUAACACCACUCGGAAGGCAAAUGUCAUAUUACAUGUUAUCAAGCGGAACCUAUGGAAUUGUCCAAGAGAUGUCAAGGAAGUUGCUUAUAAAAGUCUUGUAAGACCAACGCUUGAAUAUGCGUCUACAGCAUGGGACCCUUACUAUAAGAAAGAUGUUGCUGCUGUUGAAAGAGUUCAGAGAUCAGCGGCACGAUUCUGUUUAAAAAAUUACGAUCGGACAGCUAGUGUAUCAGCCAUGACGAAAGAGCUGGAUUGGGAUACAUUGGAAACAAGAAGGAAACGUACGCGCCUAUGUAUGAUGUACAAGUUAAGUCGUGGUCUACUUAACUUGAACGCGGAAAACGUGCUGGUUCCAAGUCAAGAAACAAGAACACGAAAUAGUCAUACGUUUAAAUAUAGAGUACCUCGAGCUACGAAGGACAUUUUUAAAUAUUCUUUCUAUCCUAGAACGCUAACUGAGUGGAACAGUCUUCCUAAGGAAUUACUUUUAUCAGAAACUCUAGAUACUUUUAAGAGUGAACUCAAGAAUUUUAUUAAGUAAUAUUUUAUUAUUGAUUGGUUGAGAUAGUUGUAGUUAGGUUUUUUGAAUUUGUAUUUUGUAUUGUUAUAGUUGGUGCGAUAAUCGUCCGAUUUUUACCGACUUAAUAAAAUGUAGAUGUAGACUUCGACGGUAUGUAAAUUAACAGCGUUUGACUUGCAAGACGUCAAAAACGGACGAUUUCAACGCGCUGCCGUUUAUCGCGUAUUCAUUUGCCCAAAGAAGUAUUUACGUCAAUUGAAAGCUUGUUUAUUAAAGAGCCAACUAGUAGAAGCAUGAUCGAUUUGGAGCUUUAUCCCAUGGUGAAAAUCGGUUUUGUUAAGAGGGUAUCGUAAAUGAGGUAAGAUAGUGUACUCCAAAACUACGAUUAUUUCUAUUCCUAAAAGUAACUCAGAUUUCCUGUAAGUCACGUACCCGGUCCUUUGAAUAACCGAAACCAAGAUUUUUUUGGGUUUUAGAUCGAUUAGAAACGGUUGUCGUCGUGAAAUUUGUCGGUAAAAUCAGCGCAUAUUUUCCCAGACAAAAUGGCGAUUUAGGGUGGUCGUGUUAAGACGGCAUUUUCUCAAAGUUAAAAAAGCAUUUGACCUAAAAAAAUAUAUGGUGCAUUUUCCGAUAUAAUAAGGUAUAUCUGGGCAAAAUUUGAGCAAAAUCGAUUUUUCAGUCGUGGCCGCCUUAUGUUUGAUUUUUGUGGACAUCUAUGGUGGCCCAGGCGUGCCAUAGAAAAUUUUGAUAUCUUUUUAUUUUUUUAAAUAUAUAUUUUUAAAAAUAUUUUUAUUUUAGUUUUUUUCCAAACAAAAUUUAUUUCUAAACUUUGUUUUUUUUUAAUUCAUAAAAUAUUUUAAUGCAAAAUAUUUUAUACCCUUGGCCCAGGUGUGCCAUUUAAAAAAAAAAAAAAACACGUUGUGGCCCAGGCGUGCCAACGGCCCAUGCAUGCCAAUUACUGCUGUCCAUAUAAUUUUGAGAUCGCAGGCUCGCAGGGCACCGUAAACAAAAUGGCUGAUCAGGGAUGGCAAGAAGACGUUGAGCUUAAAAACGACUUACAAAAAUAUGUUGAAAGUAACUUACAAAGAAAAGAAAUUUUAGAUUUUGUAAAGGAAAAGUAUCCACUAUAUGCUUGGAGUCUGCUAACUCUUUGCCGUCGAUUAAAACACUUUGGCAUUUCAUACAUAGACUACAAUACUAAUUUGGACCAUGUUGAAGAGGCCGUACGUGAGGAAAUGGAUGGUCCUGGCCGAUUGCUGGGUUACCGUGCUUUGCACAAAAAAGUAUGGGAAGUAUGCAAUGAUGGAGAAUGUUGACUCUUCAGGACUGGAAGAAAGAGGAGGAGUUUGGCAGCCAAAGCGACCAGUUAGAGCAAAAAGAUUUAUAUCAAUGGUAUAAAAUAAUAGCCUCUAAAUCAAGUAUUGCGUUUUUUGAAUAUUGUGCUAAUUAGUUUUAGUUAUCCUUGUAACCUAAAAAUAAAAAGAACCCGUUUUUGUAAUUUGUAGGGUUCAGACUAUACCAUGUCACUUGAUGGUCACGACAAGAUGUGUGGAUAUCAGAACUCCACAUUCGAUCUGUGCAUAUACGGUGGUCAAGAUACUUACAGGGGUAAAAUAAUGUUUUUAAGAAUUUGGACCACUAAUAGUGACCCAAGAAUUAUUGGUCGUUUUUACUUAGAAUACUUGCUUACCAGCAAAGGUAAGCAGCCCAAAUUAAUUGAUUUUUAAUACCUGUGGUGCUGAUUGUAGGAAAGCUGAUUGGCUUAACACUGCUUUAUCCUGUGAAUGUAAAAUUCAAAGAAAAUUUAUCAACUGCAUUUAUAUAAUCAUUGAAAAUAUUUUCCCCACAAAAUCCACCAUAAAAUCAAGCAAUGAAAUAUGCAACAACAAAAUCUGCUUGACCUAGCAGUGCAAAAAACAUUUUCCGUUUUGUUUCUACCUCAGCGAGCAGAAAAUGAUAUUUUAAUUUUUAAAGUGAUGCACAGAAUUUUUACAUAAACCAAAACAGUGGGUUAAUUUAAAACUACUUUAAACAACCAGCCCCACUGAGUCACUGACAGUACUCUGCCACUAACAAGUAAAAUCGCUUAUCUUAUAUGUUAACUUACUUAACUUAAACGGGUUCUUUUUAUUUUUAGGUUACAAAGAUAACUAA